AUGAAGCAACACACUGCUGCAUACGAUGCCAUGACAAGCAAGCUCGAGACGUCGGAACAUAUCGUGCUCCGAGCCGCGACCACGGGUAUGAACCAAAGCAUUUUGCAUGGCUACUUCAUGAAUGGCAGCUCGGUGGUCCAGCUGCCAUUCUUGCAGAAGGUUUCAUUACAAAACGGGCUGAUGGGAGGCGAUGGCGUGCCGCAGAUUUCCGUGUGCGUCUACAAUGCUGUAGACGACAUCUACAGCUACGCGAACGACACUGCCAGGCUCGUGGCCAAGUGCCGUAAAGCUGGGACUACCGUCCGAUGCGAGAGGAACAUGGGCUCCGAAUCAUUUCGACGAGGAAACAAAUGGCGAUGCGAGGGCGUUGAGCUGGCUUCGAGCUGCGCUGGACGGGUCGCUCGUGUCGUCCCAGGGGUGCGGGACUCAAAACGUGGCGGUUACUAUCCAUUUCCAUGCUCCAUCUACGCUUCCAUCGUGCAUGAGCGGGAGUAA